GCUGAGCUGAUAAGGUCCACCAGGAAGGUCCCCAUCGUGCUAGAUUCGCCCGAUGAUUGGUGGAACUGGGACUCUCAUAUAAAAGGCAUAGCGAUGAGCUAUGGAGUGAAAGAGAUCUUGCUUGGAGAAACACCACGCCCAUUAAAGCCAAUUCACCCUGAUGAUUCAGAGAAUACGCAAGCGAACCAAUCAUAUGAUUGUCAAGUCAACAGCUGGAAGAGAUGA